CAGUGUGUCACCUCUAGUGCUCACAACAACCUUUCAAAAAUCCAGACAAAAUUAAAUUUACCCGUUUGGGAACCGAAGGAAACCAGUGCCGCUUGCCAUGCAAUGUUAUAAACUGGCCAGCAGGCGCAGCUUAUACAAUGCACGGGUGUUCCAGGCGGAUCACACCGGUGACCAGCAGCAUCACAGUCCGGAUUUGGAGGCAGCCCGCCAAAAUGCCCGGAUAGUGGUCAUUGGAGCAGGUCUCGCCGGACUCUCGGCCGCCCAGCACUUGUUGUCCCAUGGCUUCCGGCGCACCGUCAUCCUGGAGGCCACCGAUCGCUAUGGCGGCCGGAUAAACACCCAACGCUUUGGCGACACCUACUGCGAACUGGGCGCCAAGUGGGUGAAGAUCGAUGGGUCACAGGACUCGAUGUACGAGCUUCUGCGCAACACCGAGGGUCUGGGCAAGCAGAUCAGGCAGCCGGAGCGGCCCACCUAUGUCCAGGUGGAACAGGAAGGUGGCCACAUCAAACCGGCCAUGGUGGAGCUUAUUGACACCCUGUUCCGGCAGCUCUGCCGCGGCUUCAAGCUCUCCGAUCGGUUUAAAACGGGUAGCGACUUCCACUCGCUGGACAAUGUGAUGAACUACUUCAGGACCGAAAGUGAUCGCAUCAUUGGCGCCUCCUUUCCGCAGCCGGAGGACCAGGUGGCAGCUCGUGAGAUCUUCCAGUCGCUGUUCAAGGAGUUCGGCAGCAUCCUUGGCUGCUGUCUGGAGUACGUGAACAUCGAGCACAUUACCAAGUGUCCGGUGCAGCAGGAACAGCGUCCACUGUAUGUGCCCACGGGACUGGAUAAUGUGGUGGACGAUCUCAUUCAGCAGCUGGACAAGGAGCAGGUGCAGAUCGGCAAGCCGGUGGGCCAGAUACAGUGGACACCAGCGCCGCUGAAGAGUGUGGGCUGUCUGGAUGGCAGCCUGUACAGUGCGGACCACAUCAUUUGCACCCUGCCCUUGGGCGUACUCAAAAGCUUUGCGGGCAUCCUCUUCCGGCCCACGCUGCCGCUGGACAAGAUGAUGGCCAUACGCAACCUGGGCUUUGGCAAUCCCCUCAAGAUUUACCUUUCGUACAAGAAGCCCAUCAAGCGUUGGCUAAAGUCGAACCUGCGUCCACUGGGAACGUUCGUUAAUCCCAUUCUGGAUCAGCAAGCGGAACGAAACUGGACGCAACAGGUGGUGGAGAUCAGCCAAGUGCCCAGCAGCCAACAUGUGCUGGAAGUGCACGUCGGUGGUGGCUACUACGAGGAGAUUGAGAAGCUCCCGGAUGACAAGCUGCUGGAACAAAUCACCGGAUUGCUAAGGCGCUGUAUAAGCAAUCACUUGGUGCCAUAUCCGCAGGAGUUGCUGCGCUCCAACUGGAGCACCUCCGCCUGCUACCUGGGCGGUCGUCCGUACUUCUCCACCAGCAGCAGUGCCCGCGAUGUGCAACGCUUGGCCGCUCCGCUGGGUGAGAGGUCGCCAAGUCUGCUCUUCGCCGGAGAUGCUACGUCCCUCAAGGGCUUUGGCACCAUCGAUGCCGCCCGGUCCAGUGGCAUCCGCGAAGCCCAGCGCAUCAUUGACUUCUAUCUCAAUUGCAAGCAUUGCCUUUAACUGCAAUCGUUAAUCAAAAUUGGCUGUACAAAUUAUCCAACGUAGAAAUGCACUAGUCAAAAUUUAUAGUUACAUUUUGUUGUAUUUUUAAGCAGAAUACAUAUGUUUUUAAUUAGGCGUAGAACGUUAACAAUAAAAGCAUUAACAACAUCAA